AUGGGUAAUUUGAAAGAGGAUUUGAAAGCCGCAGCCGGUCUGCUCAAAACAGGUGACAACGAGAAGGUCAUAGAGCUGUUAGAGGUUGAACGGCACAGAUUGCUCGGAAAAAAUGCGAUUUUUGCAGGAAUACACGGAAAAUGAGAGCCCAGACUAUCGGGCGCUCUGCUUUGUCGCUCUGGCCUACUCGAACACGGAAGACUUUGAUAAUAGCUAUCGGUUGUACAGAACGGUACGCAAAGACUAAAUUUUACAGAGAAUGCUUGCUAGCUCAGUGUUUAGGCAGUGAAAAUCGACGAGGUGAAUCUGAUGGCGUGGAAGGGACUCUUCAAACUGUUUGAGACGGAGUCACUAGCAAAACCGGAUAAUUUUUCGCUAAAAGUCUGCGAAUUUAUGUUCAAGAAUGGGUAAUUUCCUUUAAGAAUCUUGUUUUUUUUUUAAAUUUAACAAUUAAUUUAUAGAGAUGACAGAAAAGACGCGGCCGCACAAGCUCGAAGACGAAUUCACGUGGAAUUGAAGAUGUGGGCGGAGAUUCUCGAAAAUUUCGACGAAUUCCAAUUCGGAACGGACUCCGGACUUCUGAAGCAGUUUAUUGAGCUCCAGGAGCAAAAAGAGCUCGUUGAAAGAGCUUUCAGAGCAUUAGAGCAACUCGGAAUCUUUGAAAAAGAUGGAAAAGUGAUGUUGGCUUGGUGCAAACAUGAAGGUACCAUAGGUUCAGUGCUCAAACUCGUCAAGCAGCACUCUGAGCUCAUUGACGACGAUUUCGUGCAAAAGAAGCUUCUGAAGCACGUUUGUGAGGUGUACUUCGAGCAGGGAACGCUCCCGGACGUCGUGAGCCACGUGUCAAGUGCUCCGGAGCCGGUUCUCGCUGUUUUGAAGGCGCUCAGGUAGCUUAAAAAAUUAACCCCGACUUCUCACUUUCAGAAAUGUCUACUUUUACAGAGAAAACGACGUUCCGUCUGCUCUCGAUGCUCUCGAAUCGGCCGCCGACCGUCUCGCAUUCCCACAGUCCCUUCUGUUCGUCGGAUUGCUGGCCGAGACCGAAAACUGGAACUCCGUAGUCGAAAUAAUUCAGUCAAUCCGUCCGUCUUUCGUAUCGCCGUUUUGUGAUGGCUGGCUGGCCAGAUCUCUUUUGGAACUCGACCCAGACAAUCAAGAUAGACUAAAGUCGUUCAAAAACCUUCCUAAUCCGGAAUUCGCAGUGGAAAGGCUAAAACUAGCGUUGAAAUUCGAUUCAGAAGAAGUGGAUCGCAUUUUAAACGAAUUUACCGACACUUCUAAACUCGGAAUCGUGCUACGGCUCACUAAAGUGCUUUUCCACAAAAAGUCCAUUCUCUCCGCACACGUUGAACUCGCAGACCGGCUCCUCAAGGAUGGUAGUGCAAAAGAUCUGGUGCUCGCCGCCGAAAUUCGCAUUUCCGCGGGUCUCGACGCGAAUUCCCUCCUCGUAAAAGCGGCCAAAUUGAACGUGCGGUGCAGUCGUGCGUUCUUCCUUCUCGGAAAGGCGAUUUCAACAAAGAAUCCGGCGAAGGCGAGGUCGCUGAUCGAACGGGCGGUCAGUAUUCGUCCCGAGUGCGAGGAGUACGUGCGUGUGCUCGAUGAAGUGCUCCGAAAACAGAAUGCGUCCAUGGAGGACCGACUUGAAGUGUUGAAGACGUUCAUAGCGAAGAGAAAAAGCAGACAGAAGCCGUUCUGGUUAGCGGACGCACUUUCCACGUAAGUUUUGCUUGAUUUCUGUAUAAAUCGUCGCCUUUUCAGUAUCCACAUGUCGAUGAACAACCUGAGCGAGGCGAUCGACGAGCUGCAGCAGAUGGUUCGUCUGUACAAGGAUCACAAAUCGGUGUGGGCCCGUCUGGCGGACGUCUACACCCGGAAAGGUCAUCUUCGUGCCGCCGUCAGCUCGUACGCUCAAUUGGCAGAGAUGGACGGAGGGCAUGAGUUCAGCAUUUCAGUGCGUCUUUUGGUAGAAACUGUCGACUAAAUGCUUCAUUUCAGAUGAUCCGGGUGCUCCUGCAGCUUCGUGAAUUCGAAGAUGCCCUCCAGAAAAUCACAGAUUUCCGCCAGAAAGUGUCCGAUCUCUCGCUGAAACUCUGCGCCGAUUCCGUCACCGUUCUCGACUUCACCGAAGCCGAAAUUCGUCUGAAUCUUCACGAAACGACGUGCGGAGAAGCGAAAAAAGCGCAUCUAAAAGAGGCGUUACGUCUUCUGACAAGAUGCGUGGGAAAAGACGGAGAGUGCAAGUAUGCCAGCGUCUUCAAGCUUCUCGGCGACGUUCUUCUGAAUAUCGGCCGUUAUGCGAAAAGAAUUCUGCCGUAUUUCGAGGUGGAGAAGGCGUGGGAGGUGUUCGAACCGAUUGACAGCAUCUCCAAAGCGGCCUCGUUCUACAUGACCGUACUCCGAUCACGGGAACGCGACGCGCUCGCCUGGUACGAUGUCUCCGUGGCUCUUCUCGCCAAAUUCAAGCUGCAAAACGAUUCCGAGCUCUUGUCGAAAGUGCAGAAAAUGCUGGAGCACGCGCUGUCGCUCACCUCCAUCGAAUCGCUCCUCUCGUCUAUCUGGACCCUCUUGUCCGAAACGCUGCGGCUCGCCGAGCAUCCCGUCAGUCACCAGCUACACUGUCUCUCACGAGCUCUCCAACUGAACAAGGCCAACGACACGGCGUGGCUAAGACUGGCGGUGCUCUGUUUGGAGGUGGGACAGAUGGAGUUGGCGUCGCGGGUCAUCGAUCAGACGAUCAAGUACAAUCCGUACAAUGCGGACGCGUGGUGUGCGUGGGCGCAGCACGCUCAUUUCUCGCAGGCCGCCCAUGACGCUCAGGCGAUGUUCCGGCAGGCUCUGUCCAUCCGACCCACUCCCGCAGCAGUUAUCGGUUAUUCACAGUACCUUUGCCAGAGCCUCAAGGUACUUUGCACGUCAUGAAAAAAGUCAUUUUUCAUUUUCAGAAGCAGAACAAUCGCUUCGACUCGGCCACCGCCGCCCUGGACAUUGAGCCAGUUCUCGACGUGAAAGACCUUUACUCGGCUGAUGAGAACGUCCUUUACCAUCUGGGUCUUCUGGCGGAUCUCUUCGGAUGUUACCCGCAGUGCCUCGAAUGCUAUCAAUUGUGCCAUCAGAAAGAACCGAAAGAGGAAAUCGAACGAGCGCUGAUCAAAGUGAACGUGCUACAUCCGGACGGAGCGCCGCCGCUCUCUCCGACCGUGGCGCCGGCGAACAACCGAAUUGCCGGAAUGUUCUCUCUUUGCGCUUUCGACUUUUUGUCGUAUUUGACAGCAGAAGUGGACAUUUACAGAGAGUUGUUCGAUUUGAUUGAAACCGGCGACGCGGACAUGUUCAAAAAGUUGUAUACGAAAAAAGUGAAACUCAUUUCGGUGCCACUCUUCAUCUCUGGAAUUAUAACCAAUCAAAUGGUGGGUUCAGCAGAAUUCAAAUUAAAAAAAAAAACGAAAUUUUGCAGAAGCUGCCGCUCGAGUUCGUCCGCACAAUGCACGACGCACUCCCACGUCACGAGCUCAUCGACUACUACCCGCCGGUUCUUCCCGACGGAAUGGACAACGGACUGCGGCAUCUGGAGCAGGAUGGCGAGGAACCGUUCCGAUAUCGCCAUCGGAGUGCUCACAAUAUGCUCGAGGAGCUGCGACGGCUCCGCCAGCUAGCGGACGAAGAACGGACUCAAAGUCAGCCGACGACGCCGGAGGACGAACAAUUUCAGUUUUUGCAAAUCUAG